AAAAAAACACUGGAACUUGCUUUGUAGUUGUAGUUGCAGUCAUUGCGCAUUCUCUGAGAAGCCAAAUUAAUGAAAAGAAAAGCGAAGAGUACUGAGAGCGAAGUGGGAUCAAAGCUAAAGCGAAACUUAUCUCCCAAGUCAUCUUUUCUUUCUCUCUCUUAAUCUCUUCUCUUGCGGUCUUGAAUCUCUUGACCAUUGAUGUUUUCUUCUGUUUUCCCAUUAAAGCUCUCUCGGCGUCUCGCACGGGAAAUCUGUAGGCUGCCCCCCUCACGGAAAAGUUGCAGAAUAGCUCGUCCCGUACCCUUUAAAACACAAGCAAUACUCCACCGUCAAACCAGACUACCAGACUUACAAAGGGUUUCUCAUAUCUCUCUGUUUCUUUCAAGAAAUGGAGGUGAUGAUGAACACUAGGAAACACCUUGUAUCCUCCGUAAUUUUUGUUUUAGGUUUGUUCUACUUUCCAUUGAUCGCAUUUUCCAUCUUAGACCCACUUGAUUUCCUUGCUCUGCAAUCUGUACGUAGAUCUCUGGAUGAUUUGCCGGGCUCGAAUUUCUUUUCCUCUUGGGACUUCACCUCCGACCCCUGCAACUUCGCUGGUGUUUACUGUGAAGCUGACAAGGUAAUCGCUUUAAACCUGGGUGAUCCCAGAGCUGGUUCUCCUGGUCUUAGUGGCCGUAUCGACCAUGCAAUCGGCAAUCUCUCAGCGCUUGCGGAGCUCACCAUUGUUCCAGGUAGAGUAAUGGGUUAUCUUCCACAAACUCUAUCUCAGUUGAAGAACCUUCGGUUCCUCGCCAUUAGUAAGAACUUCAUCUCAGGCGAGAUACCCACUUCUCUAGCGGAACUCCGGAGUCUCCAAACCCUUGAUCUUAGCUACAAUCAGCUCAGCGGCUCAAUUCCUCCAUCCAUUGGAACAAUCCCUUCGCUAUCCAAUGUAAUUAUGUGUCACAACCAUCUCACUGGUUCAAUCCCUUCCUUCACUUCCGAAACCCUAUCACGUCUCGAUCUCAAGCACAACAACUUCGCCGGAGCUCUCUCUUCUUCUUCUCUACCUCCGUCGCUUCAAUACCUAUCCCUUUCUUUCAACAGUCUGAGUGGACCGGUGGACCGGCUGUUACCCCGACUCAACCGGCUGAAUUACCUAGACCUGAGUAUGAACCGGUUCACCGGAAGCAUUCCCGGCGUUUUAUUCACAUUCCCGAUAACAAACCUUCAGUUGCAGAGAAACUUCUUCGCUGGACGUGUUACACCAUUGGAUCAGGUUACAAUCAGCACCGUCGAUUUGAGCUAUAACAGAUUUUCCGGCCAGAUAUCGCCGCUGCUAUCGACCGUACAGAACCUAUAUAUGAACAAUAACCGGUUCACGGGGGAGGUACCCGGGAGCUUUGUGGACCGGUUGUUAGCCGCAGGAAUUGAGGUACUGUACCUACAGCAUAACUACCUGACCGGAAUCGAAAUCAAUCCGGCGGCUGAGAUUCCAUCGAGCAGUUCUUUGUGUUUACAGUAUAACUGUAUGGUGCCGCCGGUGCAGACUACUUGCCCGCUUAAGGCGGGGUUGCAGAAGACUCGGCCGACGACUCAGUGUGCCCAGUGGAAGGGAUGAGGUAGGGAUAGUAGAGAAUAGUCAGGGGCAAAAAUGGAAUUUUGUUCUCUCUUUUUGUUUUUUUUUUUUUUGGGUUCAGUUUUGUUGGGGCUAGUCCUGUUCAUUUUAUUUUGUAUUGUUGUGAAUCUGUGAUAUAUUGGUUGGGUUUAGGUGUUAAUUAAUCUUAGAGAGAGAGAGAGAGAGAGAGAGAGAGAGAGAGAGAGAGAGGAAACAAGGAAAUAAAGUGGGUGUGGCCUGUGUAAAGUGUCUCUCACCUGUGGGUAUUAUGUAGAUAGUGGGUGGACAUUGAAAUAUAGUCUUGGAUGAAGACUAUAACCAUUUGAUUGAAAAUCUAUUUUGAAAGCUUUUUUUCAUAGAA